ACUGCGAAAUCGCGAUCCGAAUUCCAAACCACAAUAAAACGGCCCCGCGCUAGCCCCAUCAGGUUUAUGCGGCACGCUAGCGACAAUUUUUUGUGUCAUGUUGGGCGUCAUCCGAUUGACCGAUUGAGCCGCAAAAGGAACCACGUCCGACUUCUGGCACCUUCCGACCCCGACCGCCCGAUUUAACGCACCCGGCCAUCCACGUCGCCGCCGGGGAAUCCCACCUUCGCGAUCCGGCAGCCCGACCCCACACCACACAGCGGUUGUACGGUACCAAAACACAAGCGCAUCAACACCAAACACCAAUCUUGACUCGAGUAGCUCUAUCACUGUAGCUACGUAGCUGGGUGCACAUAGAAACCAGAAGGAGAAAACAAAUAAUACAAGCCAUGCCAUCAGCAACCUCCACCAUGAUCCCCCGCUUUCUCCUCCCGCAAUACGGGCGCAUCUGGCAACGAUCCACCCAAAAGCUUAUCCAGCGCCGUCUCGCAUCCACAAAGUCAACAGCGGAAGCAAACACAACGCCAUCCGGCCAACGCGUCCUCGAGAAGCCCGAGCGCUUCAACCCUCCUUCGCACGGCUCCCGACUUCCCAACAAGAAGAACCUCCCGCGGCACUAUGGCGGCGACCUCAGCUUCCAGGAGAAGCAGGCUCAGGCGCAAAAGGAAUACCCGGGCCUGAUGCCCCGCGAGGGAACGUUUGGAUGGUGGUUCUUGAAUAACAAGUGGUUUCACAUGUGCUUGACCCUGGGCUCCCUCUUCUCCCUAGCCAUCUACACGGCAACCGAAAACUUCAAGCGCACCUCCCCCUUCGCUGACAUGCUCCCCGCCAAGGGCGACUUCUUCAGCCACCCCAUCGACUCCUUCAGCCACCUGGGCCAUGUCAUCCGGCUGCACGAGGCGCACAAGUCCGCCGAGCUCUCGGCCAAGAGACAGCGGGCUAUCGACGACGUGGCCAAGCGGACCAUGUAUAGGAAGGCGCACGGCCUGCCCGAGGAGCAGGGCGUUUUGGGCCUCAUCAAGCUGAAGGAGCCGGAGCGGAUUGCUAGCGUGUCGAGGGGUGUGCUGGAGCCGGAGGCGGCUACUGCGCCUGUUGCUAAGGAGGUGGGGCAGAAGCAGGAGCAGCAGUAAUGGGCCGUUGGUGACUUGAGGCGGGGAUGAAGGUGGUGCAAGGGACUUGCGGCUUGGGGUAGGAAUGAGGCGUGGGUGGUUAUAGCGUGGUAAUAGCGCUGUAAUUCCGAUUUCGCUGCUUCCCGGCUGUCUCGAAAGAAGAAGGUGGGAUGGAAAGAAGUAAGGAUUAGGGGAGAGGAGACGCUCGUGAUGACUAUGUGUACGAUUAUGUGUUUACUAACGACUUAGAACGGGCGGGCAACAGGCACGGAAAAGCAAGUUUAGCGUUAGACUUGGGAAUAGGGGUAUCUUGAUUU